GCCCUGGCCGCGGGUGUACCAGAAUCUGGUCCGCAACGGUCUGGGCUCGUCCAAAGUAGUGGUGCGAGAGGCCAGCUGCCGUUGCGCCACCCAGCUGAUACGGUCAGGCCGCCGCUGGCGGGAGUUGGAGCCCGAAUGGCAGCGGCUCUGGGAGGCGGUGGUGCAUCUGGUGGACGAGAUCGAACCCAAAAUCGAAGCAGUAGCGGGUCCCCUCUCACGGGCACUGAAGUCUCUCACGAUUCGUCUUUGCAACAGUGCAGGACAGAACAUGGCUUCCGCGGUGGCAGCUGGAGGUGGAGCCGGGUCGUCGUCGCGAGGAGGUGGAUCGGCAGUGGGUACUUCUUCAAGCGGCACCAGUUCUACUUUGCCUACUUUCACCGCAACCUCAGAAGUGCAGGCGGCCCUGGCCAAAACGCUCCCGAUGCUUCUUUCGUUUUUGCAUCUCUAUCCCCACGCGCGGUCCCUGUGUUUCGACGUUAUUCACGAGAUAGCACAGCUCACCGCCAAUCCGCAGCUUUUGAAGCCGUUUCUCGUUGAGCUCGUUCCCCUGCUCCUCGAGUCGCUGUCCGCACUCGAGCACCGCAAGGUGGCCGAAUACCAAUGGGACUACAACCGAGCGGGUGCGGGCGAAAAGUACGAAGCCGCGCGCAUUGCAGCAUCGAAAGACAGCGCCAGUUUUCGU